AUGCAAUCCAAUCGCUUGCUCAGCUGCCUGGGAAUUUGGAUAAUAUCUAUCAUAGGUGUGGUGCAAUGUGUUUCAAAAUAUAAUUGUGGCAACAAUGAGGUUUUAUCAAAUAAUGAAGUUCAAUAUGUCUACAACCAGGCUCUCCCAAUCAUAAACCAAAAAAGUAUGCAAGGCAUACCCCUAUCUGAUAUCAAAUACACAGGAAACCUAUGCGGCUUACCAGAACCAAUCUAUCAUUGGUUUGUUAAAUUCUCGAGAGACAACUAUUCGCAGGUGGUGAUGAGUCACUUUUUACUGAUCUCGGCCGAUGGCGAAUUGCAGGGGGUCAUAAGCACAGGUUGGAAGAUGGAACUUGGCCAAGAAGACACCUGGUGUGGCGAGGCAUAA